CAACAAACCCAGAAAAAAACGAAGUGGGUUGAGCCUCUCACUGACUUUUCUGUUUUUGGAUUGCAAGUAGUCGUCAGCCAAGACGGGUCUACCUCUGUGGAUGCUCGGGUUGGGUGCGGACCGCUUGCGAGCCGACAUGAAUCGCCUGCUCGCAUUGCUCUUCCACCAGGGAGUACUGGAUGAGCAGUUCUUGCAGCUACAGCAGCUUCAAGAUGAAACUUCUCCCAACUUCGUUUCCGAGGUUGUCAACAUCUACUUCCACGAGUCUGAGAAGCUUUUGAGGAAUCUCCGAGGACUACUGAUGGAUAGGGAGUUCUCGGACUACAAGAAAAUGGGAAUCCAUCUGAAUCAGUUCAUGGGAAGCAGUUCUAGCAUAGGUGCUAAAAGAGUCAGAAAUGUAUGCGUUGCUUUUCGCGCGGCUUCCGAGCAGAACAACAGGGCCGGGUGCUUGAGGGCUUUGGAGCUUGUCGAACACGAGUACUGUUACCUCAAGAACAAAUUGCAUGAACUCUUCCAACUAGAGCAGCAGCGAGUACUGGCAGCUGGAGUUAGGUACCCGAUACAGAACUGAGCGAAGAUAAAGCUAUAUACAUACAAUUAGGGUUUUGUUGGGCCCCCACAAUCUUGGUUCAGAUUUUAUAGUAAAAUGGGUGUAGCAGAAUGGGGAAGAAAGGGGUUGAUUCCACUGCCACUGUCAGCAGCG